UCGCUAGCAAGCUAAAUACAUGAAGAUUCAACUCAUGUGUAUCAGAAAUACUUUAAAUAAAAUCAUUUAAAUAUGUAUGGAUAUUUCCCACUUGAGGAGAAAUAUUUACUUUUCUUUUCGGUCUAUGGGGAGAUCCUCAUGUAUUUAUAUCAACCACCCGCUUGUAAUGACGCCGCCAGCCUUCUCGACACCAAGCAACCACCCAACACCCGCAAAAAUAGACAGAACCUUGCGGCAGACUUCAGACAUCCAUGCAUGCAUUACAUUAAGCUUCUCUUUGGUAUGACUCUCCUCUAGAGCGCUUCUCGAAUGUUGUAUGUACAUGGUGUGAAAAAGUAGACAUUCGGUUUUUAUAUCCACUGGCUUCUCAUUGUUACCUGUACCAGCUAGUAGACUGACUUUCAACACACAAAUAUAAGCCCUGUCUGAAAUAAUUUUGGCCCCCGCACCGGCUCGGACGCUACAUGAGGCGGUCGAAGAAGUCCCACCUCACCUAGUCUCAGCCUCGUCUGAAGGGCUACGCUGUAUGUUGACCUGAUUGUCCCCUGCUUCGGGCAGGCGGGCAGGCGGGCAUCAAGCCCCCAAAGGGCGGGCCCGACCUUGCUGCCCCUCCAUUUGCACUAUGCAUUUCCCCUCCAAAUGGCCUCUGUUCCGUCGUGGCAGACAUGUUCGGCUGCAAAAAAUGCUACAUUAUCACUUCACAAUAUAACACAACAUGACGAUUACCUACGCGGAACAAGCCUACCGAGAGGCUUUGAAAACCUUCGAGGAGAACCUGAACUCGCAGCAACUGCGUGAUGUGCAACGUCCCACCUCGCUGACCGAACUAUGCAAGACUGCGGCGUCGAUCAACGCAAAACAUGCCUCAAAUGAUGACCGCAAGACGAUACGCUUCACUCAGCGUGUCAGUAAAGUGCUUGGUGUGCUUCAACCCUUCGAUGGCAUUUUGAGCAGUGUCGCUGGUGCGGAACCGUUCGGUGGUGCAAAUUUGAUAUGGAGCUCUAUCCGCUUUACUUUCCAGCUCGUUGAGGAUGCGCAGAGUAUUUUCGACAGUGUAUUUGGGUUCUUCGAAGACAUCGCGCUCGAGCUAGAAAUUAUUCAAAAGGAGAUUAAUACAUUCAAGGACUCACAGUUAGUGUCCAGCGUCGGGCAGCAAGUAUUUGCGGCGUUGCUGGACUUUUGGGUCUAUGCGGUUAAAACGUAUAGAAAUUUACGGUUUGGGUCAUUCUCUAUCAAGUCGUAUUCUAUCAAAAGCAAAUUUGAACAGUUGCAGAGCAAGCUGCAGGAGCAAACUGUGCUGUUGAAGAGUGCAGCGCAGGCACAGCACCAUGAAAAUUCAAGCCAGUUCUGGAAUGCAUUUCAGCAGUCGCAUCGGGAAAAUUCUGACCAGCGCGUGUUUGAUUGGCUUAAAGCCCCGGACUAUGCUACUGAUUUGAAGAAGGCAAACUCGAGACGACAUGAUGGCACCUGUGUAUGGGUUAUGACCAGACCUGAAUACAAAUUAUGGUCGGCUUCUUCCUCCGACACGCGGUUCCUAGUGAUUUAUGGCAUUCCCGGGGCGGGUAAGACAAUCUUGAGCUCAUUCCUGGUUGAAUGGGCUAGGCGAACUUUCCGGAGCGGUACGGAUCACAGGAAACCUUGCCUGACACUCUACCAUUUCUUCAAGGCAGAUGACGAGACCAAAAAUACGCCCUUGGCCGCUCUGAGAUCUCUCCUCGAACAACUCUAUAGCUUUGUGCUGGAGAAUAAUAUUGAAAACCUGCGAACGACAUUGCAGAACACCGCCCGUAAACGCCAAGUUGAUUACGAGGAGAUGUUGGCUGUAUUUGCUAGUUCGAUCCAACAUUCUGGCUGCACAUUUACUAUCGUCCUCGACGCCCUUGAUGAGUGUAGAGGUGUCAAGUCACUCUGCAAGGACCUGAAGGCACUAGUUUCACAUCCAGACAUACAUGUCGUUGCGACCAGUCGGAGGACUGGCGAGCACGUGGAUGUCAUCAGUGGACCAAAGACGAUGACUAUCCUCAUGACGGAAGAUGAUGUGAGACGAGACAUUGCCUCUUUUGUUCGGUACAAGGUGAACAAAAUGCCAAAUCUACAAUCCCCAGCUCACCGCCGUCUCAAAGGCCUAGUCAUCGAUGAGCUGUCCAAGAAAGAAAACCACAAGGGCAUGUUCCUCUGGGCAUACCUGAUGUGCAAAGAUAUUAAAAUGCAAGGUAGCGUGGCUAAAAUCCGUCAAGCCCUUCUGCGACUACCGAGCGAUAUGGUAGCGCUCUACCUGAAGAUAUUGGAGGGCUUGAACGAGAAGCCUGUUGCGGAACAGGACUUUGUACAACGGGUGUUUCAGUGGGUAGUGGGAAGUAUUCGACCUUUGCGCUGGUGUGAACUAGAUCAGGCACUGCAGAUCGAUCAGUUCCGAGCUGCCACUUUCGAGGACGACGAUGACUAUGAUGAGGCCUAUAUUUAUUCCCGUAGAGAUGUGGUAAAGGCAUGUGGCUCGCUGGUGCAAUAUUCAGGGUUGGACGAUGGAGACACUAUUCGCUUAAUACAUCUGUCGGCAAGGGAAUUUUUGCAGCGUCAAAUAGCGCAGUCCAUUCCUAUCCCGCCCAAUCUCACGAAGUACUUCGUCGAAGUGACCACUUCUAAUGCAGUUUUAGCAACAGCAUGCCUAAAUGUUCUGCAUGCGCCCUCUGUACAGAACGAUACCUAUUUCCGAACUCCCAAAUCUCACGAUAUUAGAACGGAACUUAUGAAUAUGUGUCCCCUCUUUGAAUACGCAGUAUUAUACUGGCCGGAAUUUGCGUGUGCAUUUGCUGAGGCUGUAAUUGCCGGGGAAAAUGAUUUCAAACAACCAGAAGAUCUUUUUGAACUCUUAGCUCUCAUCCUCGAUGGGCCUUGGAGCCUUUGCUGGCUCGAGGAAUAUAUUCGUCUUGGUGGUAUCGAUAUUGCAAUGUACACGGUGGAGAGGAUCCAAAACCUCGACGAAAGUAUCUCUCGCAAAGGGUGCUCAUCCUCAUUCACCCCACAACAGUGGGCUGCGCAUGUUGUACAUGCCUUACACACUUUUUCAGAGACUAUUUCCCAUUCCCCUGAAUGCAUCCAUACCUGCGUAGAGGCACCCGGACGCCAUGUCUCUCUAGCAACCGGCCGCAAACCCCAGCACCUAAUUACUCUAGGUACUUCGACCAGGGAUCUACCAAAGAAGCAACCACUCCCGAAGGGUGAGCGUGGGUGGAUCGGAUAUAAUCACAAGUCCAGAUCAGUAUUCCUAGCUGAGAAAGAGCAUGAGACCAUUCGUGUGAGUCGCCGCCAUCUCGAUGGAGCUACUGCUUAUCGACCAGCCCUAGAAAAUGGAGAAGAGAGCUAUCAGGGUACCUGGAAGGUUCGCUCUGCUCAACUGAAACAAGAUGCGACAUUCCUCGCGGUGACGUUUUGUCCGCAUGCGCAGGAGGAGCUUUUCUACCGCACAGUGUGCUGGAGCUUGUCUAGCCCAAAGCAAGUCUCCGUCACCGCCGAUUGGGCCCAGGUUAUUAUUGUUGACCGCUGCGAAUCCGAAAUAUUUUGCGCUGGUCCUGUGCUCGGACGGGGAAGCCUCGUUGCAUUCGGUGAAAAUAACUUGUUAAUUACCCCAGGCGGAAUUUGGGAUUUGGCAUCGGAGGAUAGGCUGUCUUCACCCAAGGAGAUCUGGAACCCGGAAAAUCCAGAAUUGAUAUCGCAGACUUGCUUCAGUUCGACUCGAGCAGCAAGGGUCCGCGAUCGUCGAUGCCUGGAUAUCCUGGAGAUAUUCGGCUCUGAGAAGUGGAAUGCUGGUGAUCUUACGGCGACCUUCCAAUUCUCCAUUGAAGAACGUAUCGCAGAGAGCUGGGCCAGAAUCCGAAUCCGUUCUUUCAGCCGCUCGGGAGCCAAACUACUGCUGACGUUCUACGAGAACAAAGAGCCAAAUUCAGAUCCUGACUCCCGCCAGGAGUUGCAACCGAGAAUUGUUUGCAUCAUUUUGGACGGCAAAGGCCCAACGACGGGUACGCAGGUUGAUUUCCCUAUUCAUUCUGGCACUGCACUGUUGGAAUGUCAGUUCACAGACGACGAAGAAAGGAUUGUGGGUAGGCUGCAGCCACCCGAUGACGACAUAAAUGCUGGCGGAGGAAUCUCCAUUGUUGUGUGGGGCUUACAGAAGAAGGGGGCCAAAUACGACGAAUCUGUGCAAUAUCUCUUCCUUUGGAAGUCUUUUGGGGAUGUCUCCUUUACGAUAACGCCGCCGAUCUCAGCAGAGCCCAAGGGUGGGAUACUGAUUGCCUUUUCAGAUGGCAGCGUAGCGCGCCGCUCAGUGUCGGAUAUCUGGUCGUCAGCGGAGGAAGCCAAGUUGCGCACCUCCCGGCAUGCGCUGGAGGCUAGAGGAAAGGUGUUGAAUUACAUCACUCCUGACGGAGCUAACCUUUUUGCCAUAUUCUUAACUGGUUUCCUAGGAUCUACCCCAGCCUUGACGGUUGAAGUUUGGAGCUUAACUGAAGAGCAACAGCUAUCAUGUCCCGUCGUCAAUCGUCAACUCGAACCCGGUUUAGAAAAUAACUCGCUCGAUUCAAACGGCCGCUUUUUGCUCGGAAAGUCCGAGAUUUUCGACCUCAGCGACCCGGCAUCCCCACAGCCCCUCCUCUUCCAACUAUCCAACGGUGGCGAUGCUAAGGCCGCAUUUUGCCCCAACCAGCCUAUCUUCGCAUACACGCAUGCAGAAGAUGGUGGCGUCAUAUUGCGGCUUUAUGAGGGGAAGGCGGACAGAAGCUGCCAGCUUCUCCUUACUCAUCGCAUCGUGUCUGAACAUGGGCUGGAUCCGCAGGACAUCAAAGUUGCUUUUGAUAGUAGUCAUUCUCCCCCACGUGUGUUUGCUUAUUCCUACUGGACAGUGAUUGGCCAAAAUAUGACAUUUGUCGUGACUAUCGAAGAAGACGGUGAUGUGAAUCCCGAGUUAAUUUCAGAAGAAUACAUGGCCGACCUCACCUUCUCUGUGGACGGAAAAUACAUAUUCAGCGUUGACCGACAAGUGCCUCCCGAGGAUCUUCAAUGGCCCACCCCUGUCCCCAUUUCCCCCCUCCCUACAACACCACCCACUGCCAGGCUAAGUGAGCUCUCCCUCUCCCUCUCCCUCUCUAUCCUCGACACACAUCCCGUCACCUUAGAGCGCGACUACUGCUUCAUGGACCCGGUCCUGAUCUACCGCAUAUCUCAAGAAGAGCGACUGGGCACUGUGUAUCUCGACGUCAAACGCAUUCACGAACCCGCUACCACGACAAACUAUUUCCGCAAGGCCUUGGGUAUCGUCCCAGACGACUACUUGAAUCGCUUGCUUGAUAAGGUAUUCCUAGUGUGGCCAAGGGGUAGUGCGGAAGAAGUAAAAAUGGUGGUCGUGCCGGGAGGGAGGAAUGGGAUGCCGAUGAUUAUUCGGUCGGGGAUGAGUAGUGGUGAGUUGGUCGGCAUGGUGGAGAAAGCGAUGCGGUAGGGUAGUCAUGGAGUAUGAAAGUGUUUUCAUUCCUAGCAUUGGUGGGGAGGGCCCUUGGAGGAGCAGCCGGCUGCCGAGGAGACUAUUGCGGGGCGGGUUGCUUAGAUCAUACAUCAUUUAAAACUGGCUUGACCUGCGUAGUAGAAUUCUUUAAUCGAUUUACUUUCAAUGGCAUAGUAUGAUCUCCUGAUUUAUUUCGCAAAAUCGAAAUCAUUACUUUGACAUUCAGUUCUCGUGGCGGGUGUAUCUAGCUCUGGGCCCAGAGGCCAGAAGCUUGGAUCCGAAAAACGGCUAGCCCGAUCUAGCGCGCAAGCUCCACUAACUACAUAAACGCGACAAUCAGAAUUGAAAAUUGAAGCAACGUACA